AUGUUAAAGUUGCAGGAGAAAGUGAUCUUAUGGCAUAUGCAACAUGACCUCAACAUAGCUAAUGAUAUCAACAAACGACAAUUCGGCUUUAAGAAGGGCUGCUCCACAGAAGCGGCACUUCAUAAAGUUACUCACACCAUUGAGCGCAGAAUAGCCAAGAAAGGAUAUGUCCUAGGUGUCUUUCUAGAUAUAGAGGGCGCCUUCGACAAUGUCUCGUUCAAGGCUAUCUCUGAAGCAGUCAAGGCUACGAAAGUGGACUUGGCUACAGCACAGUGGAUCAUCAACAUGGUAACCAAUCGAUUCAUCACACUAAAUCAUAAGGAUAAGUCGAGAAGGGUACGGAUCAGGCGAGGUUGCCCCCAAGGAGGCAUUCUCUCUCCUUUUCUCUGGAACCUGGUAGUCGACGAUCUCCUUUCCUUUACCGCAAAAGACAUCCCGGGUUACCUGCAAGCCUUUGCGGAUGAUCUGUUGUCUCUAGCGGAAGGGGAUGAUUUAGACAUCAUCUGGGACCGAACAUGCAAAACUAUUAAAACGAUAGAAAAUUGGUGCAGAACCAAAGAGCUAUCUAUUAGCGCCCUUAAAACUCAGAUAGUCAUGUUUACCUGGAAUAGUAAGUGGACUCUAAGACCUAUAACAGUUGGCAACAACAUUAUAGGUCUUUCCAAGUCUGCUAAAUUUCUAGGAGUGACCUUGGACAGCAAACUCAACUUCAAUGAACAUAUCAUCAACACCACCAAAAAAGCCACGGCAUCCCUCAUGCAAUGUCGAAGAGCUGUCGGCCCCACAUGGGGUAUGAGCCCCAAAACAUGCAAAUGGAUGUACACGGCUGUCAUCCGUCCAAUCCUAUCCUACUGCUGUAGUAUAUGGAUCAGGGCCACUCAAACGGACUAUAACGCGAAGAAACUCAAACGUGUUCAGGCAUUGGCACUCAGAAUGAUGUCUGGUGCCAUACCAAGCACACCUUUUAUCGCAUUGAAUCACCUCACCGACACUUCUGACAUCAUACUGUUCCUGCAAGGCGAAGCAGCAAAGGGUGCGGCCAGGCUACAAGCUUAUGGCAGCCUCACUCUUGAAACUAUCGCCUUCAGGAAGGGAACUAUCAAAAAUCAUACCACUAUCAACAAACAAUUCAUGGCAGACCUCAUUAUCCCACCUAGAGCAACGAGAGACCUAACAACACCAACCAUGAUGCUGGGACGGCACUUCAUCGUCACAACUCCUGGAGCCGAUACCACUGAAUAUAGAAAUUCACUUCAAAACACCAUUGACAACAUUACCAGUGAAACGAUCACCUGCUACACUGACGGGUCACUCACAGACUCAGGAUGCGGGGCUGGCUAUAUCAUCACAACAGACAACAAUAACACCACCCUUGAAGAAAGAUCAUUCAAGCUCCCUGAUUAUUGCACUGUUUACCAAACAGAGCUCACUGCCAUCAUUGAAGCUUGCAAAUAUCUCUCUACCUAUACCAACACACAUAUCAUCAUAUGGUCUGACAGUCUCUCAUCUAUACAAGCUAUCUCUGCGCUUUCAACGCGGAGUAGAACUACAAGAGACUGUUACGACUCUCUUAAUGCACUCGGAUCCAACAACACGCUAGAGAUACGAUGGAUUGCAGCACACAUCGGAUUGUGGGGGAACGAAAAAGCAGAUGAGCUGGCCAAGCUUGGUACAACCAGUGAAUCCAUUUUGAAGUGUCCAGUUCCACAAUCCUACAUCAAGCGUCAAAUCGACAACAAAGUCAACAGACUGAAUCAGGAAACUUGGACAUCACAGCGACUUGAUCUCGUACCGUGA